ACACGCACAUACACGCUGGGAUAUCGAAGAAUUUGCAUUCCCCUUUUACCUGGUCCCAGUUUUUACACCGCAAAACAUCAUCAUUACUCUCACACCACCUUACAUACUCACAGAAAUCCAAAAUAAAAUCAUUAGUUUUCUAUAUAUUUGGUAGCUAAUUCCCUCAACGAACAUUCUGAAUUUCCAAAUUCACACUGAAAUCUAGAGUUUGUAAAGUUCUUUUUUUUUUUUUUUUUAAUGGCUGAAACCACGGAAUCAGUCACCAGAAAGAUCAUCAACCCCAGAUUCGAAAUUGAUACUUCACCGCCUUUUGAGUCGGUUAAGGAGGCGGUGGACCGGUUUGGCGGCAGUGGACCUUGGAUUCCUCAUCACUGGCUUCGUUUAGCCGCUGAUCAUAAUGACAAUGAGGCCUUUGACAUGGGGAAAAUGGAGGAACAGGCAAUGCAACUGGAAAGGGAUCUCAUUGUGAAAGAACAGGAAACACUUAAUGUCUUAAAAGAACUGGAAGCAGCGAGAAGAUUUGCUGAAUAUUUAAAAUUGAGCUUGAUGCAAGAAGUGACUUCAUUCAUGAACAGUCCUGACACUAAAUUGGACAGCAGCAUUCCCGAGUCCAAUCAGAACAAGACUGAGAAGUUGAGCCUGUGUCCUGUUCCAUCAUCUGGUUUGAUUUCCUUGGAGCUGAAUCAGGCGAAAUUGGACCUCAAUAAGAUGUCAAUAGAUCUUGAUGUAAUCCGAGGAUCUGUUGAGUCUCUGAACAUGAAAAUGAGAAAAGAAAAGGUUAUGUUUGAAAGGAGAACCAAGAGGCAAAUGCCAACUUCUGAAGGAGUCUUGUCUUUUGAGGAGUGUCGACAUGCAUCUAGGGAAAAGCCAGAUAUAUAUCAGAAAGUAGAAAUGGAAUGUGGCUCUGGGAAUUCUCUGAAUCUCUUCAAGGAACUAACACAAAUGAAUUCUGAGACUGAGCAAUUCAAGAAGAUGACAGAAGCGUCUAGAUAUGAGGUAAUGAGGGCAAUGACGGAGAUUGAACGAACAAAGAACAGUAUUAAAAUGGCAGAAAUGAGGUUAAAUGCAGCCAAAAAGAUGGAAGAAGCCGCCAAAGCACUGGAAGCCAUCGCUUUUGUUGAAAAAGGUGCACUAUUUAAUGGUGACAAUUCAUUAGAUGUUCACCAACCUAAUGGAAUAACUCUAUCGUUUAAAGAGUAUCGUGCUCUUAUUCAAAAAGCUCAGCAAGCUGAAGAGGUGUGUAAGACUAAAUGUAUGGAGGCGAAUGCCACACCUGGAACCAAAGACACAUACCAGUCCGAAGUAGCCAUUGUUGAGAAGUUUGAGCAGCCACUAGAAAACAAACAAUCCAGAGAAGUUGAUUUUGAUGAGGGAACUCAUAGAACAGAAGUUGUGACUGAGGAAUCCUAUCCCAGAAUGCUGAUGGAGCGUGGUCGAGUGCGGAACCCGGAGAUUCAUCCUGCUCAAUUCAAGUUUAGGAAUUCCCAUCCCUCUCUUGGUCAUAGGAAUCCACAGGUUCCUAAUGGAAAUGAAUCAUACAUGAAGAAAGAAAAGUCGAAAUCAGGUUUUAAAACAACUUCAAUUGGAAGUAUUCUAAGUAGGAAAUUGAUUCUACAGGACGAUUUCAUGGUGGGAAAGCAUGUGGAGAACCACACUGAAAGGCAACACAUUUCUUUGAGCCAAAUGCUCCGAGAACAGAGUCGACAUAUUUUACAUCCUAGGAAACCGAUGACUGAUGGGAAUGUUGAAAACCAAUACUUCAUUCAAAGGAAGAAAUUCGGGUUUAUUCAAGUACCACUACCCAAGCCAAGCAAGAAAAAAACACAGCCUUUGAACAUGAGGUGACUAGCUACCAGGAGAGUUAGUUCGAAGUAUAAGCUAGUAGAGUUUUCAUGAUCUAAAUAUUGUGUAUGUUUUCCAUGUGUGAGUGUGGGCUUUGAUAACAGUUUCAUAUGAUUUCAUUCAAUAGUGUAUAUGAUGUUUGUUUGUAUGAAAGCAUGUCACUACUGCUUGUGUUAGUUUUCUGUCAUUAUUUGCAAUCCAGUAACAGGAAGAUAAACAGAUACGUCCCAUUUUAGCUUCUCCCUGUAUAACCUUUUUCUAAUAUUUAUAUUCGAAAAUGGAGCUUGGUUUGCAA